CUCGGUGAAAACAAACGCCAAGGCGAUGUAGUGGUACGUGAGUGAAAUACCGAUGAUUUUAACCUUAUUAACGAGUCGCUUGCAUCUUCGUAGAUUUCGUUUGACGAGAGAUUAUGUCUGGUUCUCUAAUAACAAUUAGUCAGAGAACUAAGAUAUGGAACAAGAGCUUCAGUAUGAAGAAGGUGAUGCUGCUGAGGGUGGUGAAGAAAGUUUUGUUGCCACAGGGGAGGAAGAUCAGCAGUUAAACGAUACUGAUCAAUCAAUUGAAACCGAACUUGAAGCAAUAAAAGCACGUGUUAGAGAAAUGGAAGAAGAAGCAGAGAAAAUCCGACAGAUUCAGUCAGAAGUUGACAAGCAGAUGAGUUCCCCUACAGGUGCAGCAAACUCAACUUCACAGCUCAACUUGUCAAUUGAAGAGAAAAUGGAAGUUGAUGCGAGAUCCAUUUAUGUUGGCAAUGUUGACUAUGGUGCAACAGCAGAAGAGCUUGAACAGCAUUUCCAUGGUUGUGGUGGAGUUAACAGAGUCACUAUUUUGUGUAACAAGUUUGAUGGCCAUCCUAAAGGUUUUGCAUAUAUAGAGUUUUCUGAAAAAGAUUCUGUGCAAAUGGCAAUGGCUUUAGAUGAGUCUUUGUUCAGAGGAAGGCAACUAAAGGUAAUGCCAAAACGCACCAAUAAACCAGGUAUUUCUACAACCAACCGUCCCCCUCGUGGCAUCAGAAUUGGUAGAAGUCGUGGACGAUUCUAUUCUGGAUACAGACCUAUACGACGCCCUUCUAGAGGACGGAGGUUUUACUAUUCCCCCUACUAGAUGGACGAUUCAGGAGGAGGAGGAGGAAGUAACGAAAACAGGUGGUUUCUGAUCGAUACAUCUGUAAUUUUGAUGAUGGUAUUAGCAUCAUUAUUUUUAAGUACUCAGAUAACUCUUUUCUGAUAUAGUAGUAUAGAAUAGGUUCAUGAAUCUAAGAGUGAAUGAGUUUGUUUUUAUAUAUAAAAGUUUGAGAUUAGGACUUUUUUUCUUCUUUUUUUUUACUUGUAUAUUAGCUCUUUUCAUCCUUGACUAGGUACAUCAUCCAUCCUCUUGGGUUUUUCAUUUUAUAUUUUGUCUUGCAUGAAUGUGUAUGACUGAAGAAUGGACAGGGUGUGACAGGAUCAGCUUUAAAUCAGGUAAUAUAUUUUUUUUUUCUUCUUAAGAAAUUUUCUUUCUUACAGUUACUGUUAUCUACAUAUUUUCUUUUUUUUAUGAGGUGUGGAUAGUUUUAUGUAAAUUUAAGUACUUAAAUCUAAUUGGCAAAGCUGAUCUUGUCCCCAUCUUUGGAAUGGGCUUAGAUUUAGAGGUAAGCGCAUCUAACCCUUCCUUUUCAGAUCUUCAAAGUAGAGAAUCGCAAAUCACUGAGUAUAUUUAACUUUUUAAUGAACAACAUCCUAGAUCCUUGCAUUCUUUUAACACUGUGUAAAGCUAUCUAUAUGCAUAAAAAGCUUACGUAUAUGGCAGGGGCUGUAUUUGUAGUGACAAAGUAACAGAAACUUUUCAUUGCAUUAUGAUAGCCAUUUUCUGUUGUAUAGUAUUAUAUUUUGUUGUUAUUACUGGAAUUAUUUGCUUCCUGACACAUCCAUAUUUGAACGUAUUAGAAUUCUGAAGAUAUAUUGUCAGUUUAGCACCAAUUAAUGGUUCUCUCUCUCUCUCUCCCCAUGGAUAUUAGCUUAGAUUUGCAAGAGUUUCCAAAGAUUCAUUAUGUUAAUUGGGCAGCUAUUUAGAGUAAAUCUUGUAUAAGAAUUCCUUUCAAUUUUGAAUACUAGGUAAAAUGUGCAGAGAUUUUUAACCAUAAAUUAUUCAGUUUGGUGGAAUUGGCCUGUAAUAUGCAGUAGACAGACAUUUUGUACUGUCUUUUAGUUACUAUUGAUCUUUUUAUUUUUUAUUAUAGAUGACUCUGGAGAAGUUAGGUAUUUUCUUCAGUCCUUUUGAUUUUUAUAUAUUUUAGUUUUUGAAGGCAUUUCGUGUGUAAUUAGGAAAGUUUGCAAGGACUUAUCAGUAUAAUAGUAUUUACAUCUCUGACAUGAAUUGACUGAUUCAAAUUAAUCAGGAUUUGUGAUUCUCUUGUCCUCUUAUGGAAUUUGACCUUUUAAAAAAUUAAAAGCAUUCAGGAAAAGAUAAAAAAAUUAAAAAGACAUUGCUGUUAAAAAAUAAUGAAAUAUUAAAAAGGGAGAAUAAGAAAUUGAAAGUUAAAAAAAGUGUUAAUAUCAGAAAAGAGGAAGGUUGUAUUGAAAUAAAAGAUUGUUAAAAGUAA